AUGGCCCCGCCGCGCGCCCGCGCGCUCCUCCGGCUGCUGCCGCCGCUGCUGCUGCUGCUGCGCGCUGCGCCACCCGGCGGCGCCUUCAACCUGGACGCCGAGAGCCCCACCGAGUACGCCGGCCCCGAAGGCAGCUACUUCGGCUUCGCCGUGGACUUCUUCGCGCCCAGCGCGUCCUCCAGGAUGUUUGUUCUAGUGGGUGCCCCCAAAGCCAACACCACCCAGCCAGGCAUCGUGGAAGGAGGGCAGGUCCUCAAAUGUGAUUGGUUCUCCGGCCGCCGCUGCCAGCCAAUCGAGUUCGACUCAACAGGCAACAGAAACUACGCCAAGGACGACCCUCUGGAGUUCAAGUCCCACCAGUGGUUUGGAGCCUCUGUGAGGUCAAAACAGGACAAAAUUCUGGCCUGUGCCCCCUUGUACCACUGGAGGACGGAGCAGAAGCAGGAGCGGGAGCCCGUUGGAACCUGCUUUCUUCAGUCUGGAACGAAGACCGUGGAGUAUGCUCCGUGCAGGUCAAAAAAUAUUGAUGCCGAUGGACAGGGAUUUUGUCAAGGCGGAUUCAGCAUUGAUUUUACUAAAGCCGACAGAGUACUUCUCGGUGGUCCUGGUAGCUUUUACUGGCAAGGUCAGCUCAUUUCAGAUCAAGUGGCGGAAAUCAUCUCUAAAUACGACCCCAACGUCUACAGCAUCAAGUACAAUAACCAGCUGGCCACUCGGACAGCACAAGCCGUUUUUGACGACAGCUAUUUGGGUUACUCGGUGGCUGUUGGAGAUUUCAAUGGUGAUGGUGUUGACGACUUUGUUUCCGGAGUUCCUAGAGCGGCGAGGACGCUGGGAAUGGUCUACAUUUAUGAUGGGAAAAAUAUGUCCUCCUUACACAAUUUCACCGGUGAGCAGAUGGCUGCGUAUUUCGGAUUUUCUGUAGCUGCCACUGACAUUAAUGGAGAUGACCUCGCAGAUGUGUUCAUCGGAGCCCCGCUCUUCAUGGACCGGGGCUCGGACGGCAAGCUGCAGGAGGUGGGGCAGGUGUCGCUGUCGCUGCAGAUGGCGUCUGGGGGCUUUCAGACCACCAAGCUCACCGGCUUCGAGGUCUUUGCGCGCUUCGGCAGCGCCCUGGCGCCCUUGGGAGACCUGGACCAGGACGGCUUCAACGAUGUCGCGAUUGCAGCCCCCUAUGGGGGCGAGGACAUGCAGGGCCUGGUGUACAUCUUCAAUGGCAGGGCCUCGGGCCUGAGCCCAGCGCCCUCGCAGGCCCUGGCAGGGCAGUGGGCCGCGCAGAGGAUGCCGCCCAGCUUCGGCUACGCGCUGAAGGGUGCCACAGACAUCGACCUCAACGGGUACCCAGACUUAAUCGUGGGAGCUUUUGGCGUCGAUCGAGCUGUCCUAUACAGGGCCAGACCAGUUAUCACCGUAAACGCUGGCCUGGAAGUGUCCCCUAGCAUUUUAAAUCAGGACAAUAAAACCUGCCCAUUGCCUGGAACGGGUCUCAAGGAUGAAUCUGAGUUUAGAGACAAGCUCACCCCAAUUACUGUUUUCAUGGAGUAUCGGCUGGAUUACCGGACGGCAGCGGAUGCCACAGGGCUGCAGCCCAUCCUCAACCAGUUCACGCCUGCCAACGUCAGCCGCCAGGCUCAUAUUCUGCUUGACUGUGGUGAAGACAAUAUCUGUAAACCCAAGCUGGAGGUGUCUGUAGAUAGUGAUCAAAGGAAGAUCUACAUUGGGGACGACAACCCUCUGACCCUGAUCGUGAAGGCUCAGAACCAAGGAGAGGGCGCCUAUGAGGCCGAGCUCAUCGUGUCGAUGCCCCCGCAGGCCGAUUUCAUCGGUGUGGUCCGCAACAGCGAGGCUUUAGCAAGACUCUCCUGUGCAUUUAAGAUGGAAAACCAAACCCGGCAGGUGGUGUGUGACCUAGGAAACCCCAUGAAGGCUGGCACGCAACUCUUAGCUGGUCUUCGUUUCAGCGUACACCAGCAAUCAGAAAUGGACACUUCUGUGAAAUUCGAUUUACAGAUCCAAAGCUCUAACCUUUUUGACAGAGUGAGCCCCGUUGUGUCCUACAGAGUUGACCUUGCUGUGCUCACCGCUGUGGAGAUACGAGGAGUCUCGAGUCCCGAUCACAUCUUCCUUCCCAUUCCAAAUUGGGAGCACAAGGAGAAGCCUGAGACCGAAGAAGACAUCGGGCCUGUCGUGCAGCACAUCUAUGAGCUGAGAAACAAUGGCCCGAGUUCGUUCAGCAAGGCCAUGCUGAGUCUGCAGUGGCCCUACAAGUAUAACAACAACACCUUGCUGUACAUCCUUCACUAUGACAUCGAUGGGCCGAUGAACUGCACUUCGGACAUGGAGAUCAACCCUUUGAGAAUCAAGAUCUCAUCUUUGCAAGCCACGAGGAAGAAUGACACAUUUGUUGUUCAAGGCGACGGGAAUCAUUUCAUCACCAAGCGGGAUGUCGCCCUUCGAGAGGGAGACGUUCACACUUUGGGCUGCGGGGUCGCUCAGUGCUUGAGGAUCGUCUGCCAGGUUGGGCGGCUGGACAGAGGGAAGAGUGCCAUCCUCUACGUGAAGUCCCUGCUGUGGACCGAGACCUUCAUGAAUAAGGAAAACCAGAAUCACUCCUAUUCUCUGAAGUCAUCUGCUUCAUUCAGUGUCAUAGAGUUUCCUUAUAAGAACCUUCCCAUUGAGGACAUCUCUAAUUCCACCUUGGUUACCACUAAUGUCACCUGGGGCCUGCAGCCCACGUCCAUGCCUGUGCCUGUGUGGGUGAUCAUUUUAGCAGUUCUAGCAGGGCUUUUGCUACUGGCUGUGUUGGUGUUCGUGAUGUAUAGGAUGGGCUUUUUCAAACGUGUCCGGCCACCCCAAGAAGAACAAGAAAGGGAACAACUUCAGCCUCAAGAGAAUGGUGAAGGAAACUCAGAAACUUAAUCACGGCGUUCAAAUUAUGCCACAUCGCGAUUCAUUAGGUUUAACAACUUGGUUCUACAUUUUCAACUCCUUCACGAGGAGGAAAAUUCUCAGACUGGAUGGCGAGUGGUACCCUGUGGUCUCGGUUUAACCACACAACUGAAAGCAAUAUCUUUCAACCUUCUUUUUAUAAAUAAGUUCCGACAUACAUUUAAUAUGCAUACACUGACUUCUAUUUUUAGGUAUUUAAAUGAUGACAUUUUAAGCGAUGGUUCUCAUUCAGUGUACAUAAGACAGGUAGUGUCUGAGUUACUACUUUCUAUAAAACAGUGCUUCCUGCAGUAACUGCCUCUGAGCUAGCAUUUGUCCUUGCAGUUUGAAAACUACCCACACUGGCCCCGAGCGCCUUUAUUUUUUUGUACGGGUACUUGGCGCUAAUGUAUAGUACACUACAGUUGACUUUCCGAGCUACUUUUUAAUUGCAUGAAUUUGGAUUUUAAUAUCACUUAGAGGUAGAAGUUUUUCAAAACAGUGAGCUCACAUCAAAAUUGUGUCCAGCAGGGUGGGUCUAUGUUUCAGGGCCCUGAGCAGUCACUUGGCAUGUACCAGGCCCUGAGCCCCACCUCCAGUACUGGAAAAAAUGAUUUCUUUCCUGUAAUAGUUAUGGUACGGUAUUUGAGUAUGAAAAUUGGGUACAUGGUGUUAGCUUUUUAUUUAUGUUUAACCUGCAGUCUAUUUUAUUACAUUUAACUUGGAUAAUUUAAAGUCUACACCAUCGUUUAAACCACCUUAUAUUAAAAAUUAAUUCUAUAAUCAAAAAUGCCUUUUUUUGUGUAAUAGUUUAGUUUCAAAUAGGAUGCUUAAGCCGUACAAGUUGGACAUUGUUUCCAAACUACAUCUCUUCCAUUGUUUCUUCUGGUUAUUAACAAUUCAAAAAGGAAGCAUUUUAAUUAAAAGUCUAUGCUUGUGGCUCUUUGAUAUAAUUGGUUGUUAGUAGUAUGUUCUUAGAUUAGAGCAGAGUUUUCAGUUGGUAUUAAUUUAUUUUGUCCUCCUAUAUCUAUAAUUUUGCUUACAAUUUGGAAACUCUCACUGAGAACAGGUCGAGCUCCCUUUUGUAACUUUGGUCUCCUCUCUCCCCUCAUAAAAGCUUCAAGGAAUCAACCGGUCAGGAAGCUCCCUGCUCGCCUUCUGGCCAUAGCCUGACGCGACCCAGGUCCUCAGUACCUCAGCUGAAGCAAAGUGACGAGACACAAAAGCAGUGUCGGCUCUCAGAAGAGCUGCUAAGAGGUGGUCACAGGCAGCUGGACUUACAGAAAACCUUUUGAAGUGUUGUGAGGUUUUUAACAUAAAUGGGUGGCGAGUUAUAGUUUUAUAUGCAUGGAAUAUGGGAUUUAUUUGCAGUUCUCAUGGUCUAGGAAUGACUGCCAGUUAUACCUAUUUUGUGCAAUUACAUCAUAUUAUGUACAAGAAAUUGAGUUUAAUAGCUUUUGAACUGCCAUCCUUACUAGGCAAUGAUAAAUUUUUCACUUCAAUAAUUGACUUUUUCUAUGUUUUAAAAAUAAUUGAAAUGUAUCUUGUGCUCUAGUUCCAUGCGCAACUGGCUGAGCUGAACUGGAGAAUGUAUUCACAAAAUAGGAGCACCUUUAGGCAAAUUGCAUAAAUGAGAACAUAGAAAGACCCUAUAUUUAACUUUAGUGAAUUUUAAAAUUAAUGGGUUUCAGAGGGUAGAAUUUAUUAGUAGCUUGAGAGAUCUUAAUCAUAUCCAAUAUGUAUUUUUAUCAUCAAUAGAUUUAAAUUCUUUUAAGAAAAAAGUAUUUUUAUCCUAGGGUCAGACAGCCACCAGAUAGUCACUCAGUUGGUCUAUAGCAAAUUUUACCUUAUUAUUUUUCCUUUUUAAUAGCUUUAUUUCUGCAAAUACCCAUCAGAUAGAAAAUUACACUUUGACAAAAGUGUCAGUAUUUUGUUUUCCACUGUGUGUUACUUUUAUGGCUAUAUAUCAAGGAAUAAUUAUUGGGAUUUAAGUAUAUUAUAAUUGGCAGUUAACACAAUGUCUUCAGUUGCCUUUAUAAAUUAUAGUUUUAAGUAAUGAUAGAGAUUUUUUUCCUUCUAAAAAUAGAAAAUAUUUCUCUCAUAAAUAUGGAAUAACUUGAAGAUUUACUUUCUGAGGAAAAUGCUGUGCUUCUUAUUACCUUACAGUAACAUAGAGGUAGACUUGACUAAGUAUCAGAAGGCAGUUUUAGGAAAUCUAUUUUAAUCACUGAACAUUUUAAAUGGUACUGUACUUGUGAUCUGUUGAGAUUAAAAUUUGUAGUAUGAAAUUCUCAUAAUGAUUUAGUUUUUUAAAAUGAGUGAACUAGAGACUAUUAAAGCAUUUGAGAUAAGUGAGAAGUACUGAUAUUCACACUGAUUUCUUAUAGAAGUAUUUAUUUCAGAAUUGAUAUUUUAAGAAACAUUUGUGUGAGGGUCAUUUUGCUUCUCUUUACUUUUCUCUUACGAUUAAUUUCCAUCUUCCUUCUUGUUAAAAGUCCUUAAUAACUCUGAGAGGCAAAGCAAUUAGUUAAAACAGCAUUGCCGUAGAUCCACCUUUGUUAAUUCUCAGGAAUGUAAUCCUCUAGAUUUCUAUAAGGAGAAAUUGCAUGUGUUAGUAGAAGAGACUGUACUGGCUUCUUUACAAGAGGGUGAAAGAUUUUUGGUGGAGAAUCGUGGCCCCGAGGGAGAGCUGUGUGGCAUGUGUUUAGCACGUGACGGGUUGGCUGGCUGGUGUAAGCAGGCAGCAUGUGUAAGUUCGUACAUGUUGCCGUGUUGCAGACCUGGUGAGGAGCCAGUUGGAGAAGGAUAAGUUGUUCGUGGGGUACCUGUCAGUGUCACCUCGGUUGUACUUCUGAAUAGUUUAUAGAGUAAUCUGAUAAAUACUUAAAAGGAAAAAUCUGAACUUUGAGUGUGGAAUCCAAAUGGGUAAAUAAUAAUUACUAAAUACGUAGUACUUUGAAAAAUGCCCCUUUUACCUUGUUGCUUGGCUAGUUUGUAAAAAGAACUUAUGAAUGGACAGCAUAUAUAUAUACACUUACAUUUCUUUGUAAUUUCUGUUGCGUAGUUUUCCUGAAAGAGGUACUGAACUUUGGGUCUUCGUUGUCUUUGUUCUCAUGUACGGUAUAACAAUGUCGCCAAUCCUAGGCAAUGUCAAAGUCGUCAUUCAUUUAAUAAGCCUGAUCUAAACUAAAAUUUAUUAAUAUUUUUGAUAGCAGGAAAGAGUGAUUCUGCUGUGGAUGUACAAGUAAAAUUAUU